AUGUUUGUCAUGACGAAGCUUCGGGAAAUCGUGUGGGGUAAGCCUGCAGCGACCAGCGCUGAACGGCGACUUAUCGUCAAGCUUGACACCGUCAUCUUGUCCUUUUGUUGUCUCAUGUAUUGGGUUAACUAUCUCGAUCUUAUGAACCUGAAUAAUGCCUAUGUAACCGGGAUGCGAGAGGACCUUGACUUCCAAGGCAAUCAACUAAACGUUAUCAACACAAUCUUUUACGGAGGCUAUGUGCUAGGACAGAUCCCCAACAACCUUGCGUUGCAAAAGCUGCCACCUCGCCUGUACUUUCCCGCCUGCAUGAUCGCUUGGGGUCUUUUGACACUUGGAACGGGUCUUGUCCACCACCCAUGGCAGAUUAUGAUCUUGCGAUUCUUCCAGGCGGUAUUCGAAUCAUCAACCUUUGUUGGGUGUCAUUACAUUCUCGGCAGUUGGUAUCGGGAGGACGAACUCGGCAAGAGAACAGCCAUCUUCACUAGCAGCGGCCUGGCUGGAACCAUGUUCUCUGGAUUCUUGCAAGAAGAUGGUGUUCGCGGCCUGCCCGGAUGGCGGUGGCUAUUCAUCAUCGACUUCUGCAUAACGUUGCCUGUUGCGCUGUAUGGCUUCAUCGCGUUUCCGGACACCCCGACGUCUACCCGCGCCUGGUGGCUUACUGAUGAGGAGAAGAGACUCGCCGUCGAUCGCCUCCCCGAAGUCAAGAAAAAUAGGGGUACUCUGGGUUGGAGUUUGGUAUCUCGCAUCCUGAAGACGUGGCACUGGCUGGGCUUUGUCUUCCUAUGGAUCUUCGCCAGCAACACGGAAAUGUUCUCCACAAACGCCAUCAUGAAUCUUUGGCUCUCAUCAACCGGCGAUUAUAGCGUGGAGCAGGUCAAUUAUAUCCCGACCGGCGUUGCUGGAGUCGGCAUUGUUGCUACGCUGUUCCUUGGCUGGUACUCAGACUUCACUAAGCGCUACUGGCACGUUGGGAUCAUCCUUUCUUCCACAGCCAUUGUUUCGGGAGCCAUCAUGUUGCAACCUCCCACGAGAGGGGCAGAGUUCUUUGCCCUAUCUCUCAAUGGCUGUCAGUAUGCUAGCCAGACAGUGCUAUUUGCCUGGGCGAAUGCCGUCACGCGCGAGGACGACGCUAAACGUGCUGUAAUUCUCGCAGCGAUGAACACUUUUGCGAUUGCUGUCUACAUGUUCUGGUCGCUUAUCUUCUACAGCGCCACCCAGGGGCCAGACUGGAUGGAGGGAAGCAUUGCCAUGAUGUGCAUGGGGGCGUCUCUCUUUGUGACGACACUUGGUGUCUGGUACUUGACAAGACGAGAGAGCAAGACGUUGGAAGUAGUCGAGGCUUCACCGGCAUCCGUCAUUUCCAAUGAAGAGAAGGCUAUUGACGGCGUUGCGGGAGAUACGAAGGCUUUGGGAAAGUAA